CUCUCUCCUCGACCACCGACCAGGAUACACUCGCCGCUCUCUCUCUCGUUAUGUGAGAGCCGCUGCUCCCUCCCUCACACUCACAACUCCCGGUCAACUACCGGUAGUUUACUAAUUUAUUUUCCCAUCACAGGUGAUACGUGAGAAUGUGUUGCAGAAAAAAACACCAGUGGAGAAAUAAUAAAUUAACCCGAAAUUCCACCCGAUCUGAAAAUUUCGAGAAAGUUGAAUUUGCAUUUCGUGAGUUUUAAGACGAGAUACUGUGGAUUUUCACAAUACAUUUUUCCUUCUGAGCCUCGCUUGAAUACUGCAAACACAAAUCCGGGACAACAAUAGCACCAGGUGUUAUCCUGGAGCGAUCGUUUAGGCUACCGUCACUCACGGGUAAGAGAGCUGGUGUUUGCGUGCCAGCGGGUAGUUCAGUACCAGUGUUGAGCAGUGUGACGCCCUCAGACACACCAGCACAACGGCGGGGCUAUAUACAUGGUACUAAGAUUUUCGCAGAGACCGGCGACUUGGUGCUGCAUUAUUAGAGGCUGACCCUGACUAUGGAGGGAUAGGAACGCGAGGAAUUAUUAUUAAUGUCGGCAGGUGAGAGGGUUCUUCCUCAAUUCUUGUAUCCUGUUAUAUUGCUCGCGCUGGGACCUCCUGGGGGCCAGAUAGAAUAGCAAUAAUACCAGCUCCAAGGAAGCAUUGCAGUCGCUCUUCUUUCAAAUACAUAAAAUUGUGUGUGCUAUUGUGACAUUUCUUGAAGGUGGUGCCCAAGCAGAACACGGAAGACUAGCAGAGGGCUCCUACUGCAAGUGGCAGGUAGUCUUCUGCUUUCCUGCUGACGGACUACUAGCUCCUGUCCAAUACGGUGUGCCAACAUUACACUGAGGAAAACGCCGUGUGUGUGUCUGUAUAUAGUAGUGAGGAUGGCAGUGAACGUGUUGGUGCCCCUGCUGAUUCCCCUCGGCGAGCAGCUGACGAACGUGACCAAGUUGGUUGGGAGCGACCCAGUGGAGUUCGAGCGACCAGAAUAUGUCACCGAAGUACCAGAGAACACCACCAGAGACCUGCUUCUGCAACUCUCUGCCCGGGUCCAGUCUUCAGGCGAGGCUGUGGAGUACCGUAUCGCUGAGGGAAAUGGCGAGGAGCUCUUCCAUCUGGACCCCAGCAGUGGCCGCCUCUCCCUCCGCCACCCGCUGGACUUCGAGGAAACGCAACAGCAUGAGCUGGUGGUGGAGGCGCGUGCAGGUGAGGCGUGGAGCCAGGCGCGGGUGGUGGUGAGGGUGAUGGAUCAAAACGACCACGCCCCCUUCUUUCCCAGGGCGCUCCACGAGACCCAAAUCACUGAAGAGGACGACAGACACCUACCCAAGGUCAUCCUCAAGCAUGUGAGGGCGGUGGACGGUGACGCUGGCGUCCACGGCCGCCUCUCCUACAGCGUCGAGGGCAACGGUAUCUUCAAUAACGGCUCCCGAUCCUUCUUCGCUCUCGAUACAGCCGCUGGCACUAUACAAGUGCUCAGGCCGCUGGAUCGUGACCCUCCUCACGGGCGUGCUCAGUGGCGACUGCGAGUGACGGCGUCGGACGGAGAACUGGAGGCGCACACCGACGUACGUGUCAACCUCAAGGACAUCAACGACAACGCCCCUUACUUUCCCUCCCACACCACCACAACUACCGUCUCCGAGGACACGCCCAAAGGUGCUUCAGUAGUGCAGGUGAAGGCCACUGACCAUGAUGACCCACUAGAGGCUGACAACGCUCAGGUCACCUACUCGCUGGAGAAGAAUGCCGUUGACGAGUCGAGUGGGAGCGCUAUCUUCAGUAUCGACAGUCAGCUGGGUCUCAUCACCACGGCGCUCUGCUGCCUCGACCGUGAGAAGACCCAGCGCUACACCAUCCAGGUUGUGGCUACUGACGGAGGAGGACUCAAAGGUGAGUAUACCUCUGUAAUUUCAAAUGCGUUAGAAAACAAUCGCUAUUAUGAGGUUAGGUUGUCCAUGCAGGUUGUGCCAGGGAGCGGGCGUGGGUGGCAGAUGUUUCGGGUGGAGGGUGGCAGCGGUGACGGCGGGGCGGCUCUACCCUGGGGAAACCUACGAGCAACCGAAACCCUGGACUACGAGGACGCCGACCACAGACGAGGCUUCCGCUUUAAGGUCCAAGUUACAGACAUGGGAGAGGAGGGAUGGAAAACUCCUGAUCACGUAGCGGAGUCGUGGGUGUCGUUGAGGCUGGUGGACGAGAACGACAACGACCCCGUGUUCAGUGAGGACCACGCCCACCUCACUCUACCCGAGGACACCCCUCCAGGCACUCUCCUCACUACCUUCACCGCCCUCGACCCUGACAAGGGAGGACAAGGCGGAGUGCGCUACAAGAUAGCUGAGGACAGCGAUCCUGGGCGACAGUUCGGAGUCGAUGGAUCAGGGGCGGUGUGGGUGGUGGGCAACCUGGACCGCGAAACAGCGGCCGCCCACACUGUGCUGGUGUGGGCGGUGGACGACGGUAACCCACCCAGGACAGCUACUGCAACCCUCACGGUGAACGUAACAGACGUGAACGACAACCCACCGUUCCUGGCUGAGCCGCGACAGGUGCAGGUGGUGGAGAACGGUGGAGCCCAGGUGGUGGCCAGGGUCCGUCUGGGAGACCCUGACGACUGGCGUCAGGGCCACGGGCCCCCCUUCACUGUUGCUCUGGACCCCAGGGCCCCCCAGCACGUCGCUGACACCUUCAGGGUCACCCACGACAAGAGAGGGGACGAGGGGCGUGGUGUGGGCGUGGUGUGGGCGCGGGCGGGGCUGGACAGGGAGGAGCGCCGUUCCCUGUUAGUACCGUUGUUAGUGGCAGACGCUGGAUGGCCGCCGCUCACCACCACAGCAACUCUCACUGUUCACGUUGCUGACCUCAACGACAAUCCCAUGACACCCGCUUCCAAGACUGUCACUGUCUACAUCCUCCAGCCACAUGGAAAACCAGUGCCUCUGGGAAGGGUGUACGUGGAGGACCCCGACGACUGGGACUCCACUUCCAAGACCUACACCUGGAGACACCAUCUUGACGGCUUCUUCCUUCACUCCUCCACCGGUGACCUCACCAUGGCUCCAGACACCCCUGACGGCCGGUACGAGUUGGGUUUCCUGGUAAGUGACAUCAGUCAAGGUCAAACAGACAUCGAAGCCAACGUCACUGUCCAAGUCACUGCCCUCGACCCCCGUGACGUCAUGGACGCCACUCCCCUCACGCUGGCCACAGAGAGUCAUCGCGUGGUGAGGGAAGAGGGAGAGGGAGGGACAUCCAUACUGAGCCGGCUGGUGGAGGCAGCGCGGGCGUGGGUAGAGGUGGGUAGAGGGAGCGUGCGGGCAGUGUCGGUAGAAUCCCUGGAGGAACUAACGACCUCGCCCAGCACUCGGGUCUGGCUUUCGUCCUCUGGGAUGGCCAACUUCGAUCAACUUCUGAUGUAUAGAAAACACGAGCUUAGCCAAGUCAUAGGUGUGGAUAUUAAGGACGUGGGCGUGAUCACGUGCAACCAGACUGGCUACGAGAACGCCCGCGGGGACUCCCAUGAGGUCGCCCACGGGCUGAGCAGGUGCAUCAGUGGGUGUCGGGCGACCCUGGGCGAGGGUUUCAGUGUGGUGGAUGCCAACACUUCGGCCCUGGUGGGCCCUAGAAUAAAGGUGCUCACCACUUGCAGCUGUGGCAACACCACCCCUGACCACUACAACUGUACCCCCUACACCUGCCUCAAUGGCGGCAGAUGCAUUCCCACACCCACAGGCACCAGAUGCAUCUGCCCUCACGGCACCUGGGGCUCCCGCUGUAAAGUACUCGUCAGACACUUCGAAGGUGGAGGGACUGAGCAGGUUUUUGAAGGAGGCGUUCACGGAGCCUCGAGAGUGGGCGGGUGGGCGUGGGUGGCGCCCAUCCCGCCCUGUGCCGAGGUCCACCUCAGUCUGGAGGUGCUCACCAGGUCCCCGGCGGCCACUCUGCUGUACUCAGGUCCUGACCAUGGGGCGGCGACCCCAGACACCGAAGAUAGCGGCAUCAGGGAGUUGCUACUGCUGGAGCUGCGUCAGGGACGCCCAUCCCUCCUGCUGGACAUGGGUGGUGGUCCUGUCACUCUCACCCUCAACGCCUCCUCCUCCCUCGCAGACAACACCUGGCACAGGAUCGAUCUCAUAUGGAGAGACGAGCUGGUGGAGAUGAUCGUGGACUUGUGUACGGGCGGCGGGCUUGACGAGUCGCCCACUCCGCCCGCCAGUCCCGCCCAUACCACCCCUCCGGACGCCCACACGUGUCGAGGGGCUACCAGACUGCCCCGGGCCGCUCGUGUGUUCAACACAGGUGGGCCGCUGCAGGUGGGCGGGCUGGCCCACUCACUCCCCGCCCACUACAUGAACGAAGGACCGUCCAUCCUCCGCCCACCUCACCUUCAGGGCUGCCUCAGGAACCUCAGAGUCAACGGCCAGGUCAGUGAGUCACACAGUCAGCGCUGGUGGACCAGGGUGACUCAUAGCCAGCCAAGCACCCAGGUGUUCCAGGUCACGUUAAUGGUCAAUGGUCACGCAGCCAGGUGUCGUGGGUCUCCAGGCUCGCUACGGUGUGAGUGCCAGGCAGGGUGGGGAGGGCCAGGGUGUGCCACACCCACCACACCCACCACCUUCCUCCUCAACAGCUACGUCAAGUUGGCACUCUCCUUCACUCCUCUAGGCUACACCACCUCUAUUUCUCUCAGGUUCCGCACUUGGAGGAGACGAGGGGAACUGGUGGUGGUGACGUCACAACAUGGGCGUGACAGGUGGGCAGUGGAGGUGGUGGGAGGCCGAGUGUGUGUGGCACUGCGCCUCCACCCUCGACCCCCCACAUCUCUCUGUCUCACCAGAGCCACUCUCACUGACGGUCGCUGGCACUCUCUGGCUGCUGCAAGGUACGGUUCUGCGGUCCUCCUGUCGGCAGACGACGGCGACGGUGACCUGUACAAUGCCUCGUUGGUGUUGGAGGGACGCCAGCUACUGCAGGUGGACAAGCAAGAGGGCGUCCACGUAGGAGGGACGCCGGAGUUCCUGGACGUCAGUGUGUUCAAGAUCGAAAGUGAUUUUUUCGACGGAUGUAUGGACGAUCUGCGAAUCUCUGGUCGUAGCGUUCCACUGCCUCCUGCGACCAACAGCUCGGCGUGGGGCCAGGCAAGUGUCUACAAGGGUGUGGAGAGUGGGUGUGGCGCCCCUUCAGCCUGCGUCAAUGUCUCCUGCAGAACCCCGCUCACCUGCGUCGACACCUGGAGGUCCUACCACUGUGGGUGUGGUGAGGGACGCGUGGUGAGCACCAGCAACAGCCAAGCGACGUGUGAGGACGAGGAUGAGUGUGUAUGGCGGCCCUGUCUCAACGGUGGCACCUGCUUUAACACCCAACCAAGCUAUGUGUGUGCGUGUCCAGCAGGGUUCAGAGGACAGCACUGUCACCUGCCAGACGUGGGGGAAACUUCGCUAAAACUGCCUCUCGGGAUCCUCGUCACCAUUGUUGUUUGGUGCACCUUUCUUCUCCUGCUGAUCUGCGCCUUCCUGCUGCACCAGCAUCACCGUCGUUCUGCAUUACGCAGGGGAGCCUCCCACGAAAAGGAAGACACAGUCAGCUGUAAGGAGCAAGUGUCACCCUGCAGCCGCACGCCCAACCUGCUGGAGCUGCAGCUGCUAAAGCCGCCCAGAGCCAACGGCCAGCCAGCAUGGACCAAGAAUCCCAACAUAGCAGACGUAGAUGUACUGCAAGUAGAGGUAGCGACCCUGUGUAACAGCGCAGAAACCCACCAGCAGCAGAAGUGUAGCACCCCAAGCACAGCAUCACAGCACCAAAGAGAGGGACACCAGAAUCUGCGGCCGAAGGACUCAGGCACUGAAAGAAGAUCAAGCAGUGGAUGUGCAAACAACCCUCCUGCCGGAGACGACUUGAGGAACUAUGCUUAUGAAGGUGACGGCUCCUCCCCUGGAUCAUUGUCUUCAUGUCUGGAGAGCUGCAGCGGAAGCGCAAAGUUCCUAGGUGGCUUCCGUGAGGUGGCACACAUGGUGGAGUCCUGACACGUCACUGGGCCGUGUUCUGGCCACUCAGAAGCUAUGAUAGAGGCAGACACGCCAAUUACACCCAGGCACAAAGACGAGUCGUCUCCAGUUGUAGUGGUCCUGCACUCUCUCAGUGAGCGGGACAUUGUGGAAGCACUUCCGCCUGUGUUCUCUAGUCCAUACAGUCAAGCAAUCCACGAUGAAGCAACGAUCACCCGCCUCUCAUGCCCGUCGACCCCGACCUCACUCACAACCAAGCCAAAACAAAUGGAUCUACCUUCGAAAACAUGCUGCUGAUUGGACGCCAGCGACACUGAUCUCUCUUCCGCGAACUCUUGUGUUUCAUCCAACCAGCGAUCGAUUUACCGACGUUUCUUCUCCCGAGCCCUUCCGUGUGCCUUUUUUUUAAGACUAUAGUUUGGUGAAGGCUCUGGAAGUCAACUACCAGACUAAGAGCUGCCGUCGAUUACAUGCAUCUUGUGUGAAAAAAAUAAUCUCUAAACAUAUAACGAAUACUUAAGAAACUGCCUAUUAUGUGGUAUUGCUUAUCAGUCAGAUUUCUUAGCAGAUUUAUAUAUUUUUUUCCUAUACUAUCUGUCACUAUUUUCAUCUCUUCCUUUCCAUCUCCUUUUUCCUUCCCCUCCUGCUCUCUCUCUCUCUCUCUCUCUUCUCUCUCUCUCUCUCUCUCUCUCUCUCUCUCUCUUUCUCUCUCUCUCUGUCACUAUCACAUUCUUUCUCCUCCCCUUCCCUUCUUUUCCCCCUCCCUUCCCUCUUCCUCUGCCCCUCCCUCCCUCCCUUCCCUUCUCUCUUCCCUCUCCCGUUUCUACUCGCUCCCCCAUUCCCCGUUCCUCCGUCCCCCUUCCCGAUCCCCUCUCUUCCUUCCAUCUCCCUCCUCUCCUCCCUCCUUCGCCUCCCUGCAAAUCAUUUUCUUCCAGAUACAUGGUUAGAGCUUACACAUUUUGAGACACAGUGAUGGAUGUGGCAACAGAGAAUCUUCCAUUAAGGUGUGUGCUGGUGCGGGCUCGGAGCCCAGACCAGCUGCAGGUCAUGGCAUCAGCAGAUCCUCAGUCACUACACGGUGUAGGUGCUCCCACUAUUCAUGAAUGCAAAUUGCAACUCAUUGAGGCAAAAGGAGUCCCCCAUGUUGUAAACUCAAUGACUAAGAAACAUUUCAGAAUCCUUGUUUACCAGUGAUAGCUGCAGUCGGCGAACUGUGAAAAUAUAUUGGACACACCUUAUGAGAAUGAAAGACCCCAGGUAGGUAUGUAACAGUGACAUUCAGCUUAAAAAGUCGACUUUAUGACAAAAUUCUAUAGCCAGUGCGUGGAUACACUUCACGUAUUUAUUUUGCAAAAGUAGAUCACUGAGACUGGUGUUUCUAAACAUGAACAUUAAUUAGUAUUAAAAGUGAAAGUUGAAGUUAACUCAUAUGACAUUUGUGGGAACCUCGUGUGAUACUGACACUUGCGUGUGAUACUGACACUUGCGUGUGAUACUGACACUUGCGUGUGAUACUGACACUUGCGUGUUAUACUGACACUUGCGUGUUAUACUGACACUUGCGUGGACAGAAUGUCUGUGUCGUUUAAAUCUGUUGUAAAGAUUAUAUGUGAUAUUAUUGUAGAUGUUUAACCUAUAACAUAUUUUAUAGCUUUAGUGACCUAACUAAAAUUAUUGAUAAAAUGUUCGGGCAAAAGUAACACACAAUCACGCA